CGUCACGUGACUCACCCGGCGCCUCGUGUGCAACUCUUCUCUCUGAAACAAAAUGGCGGCGCCGCAUGGCGUAAAACUGAAGGAUUUAAAGUGUGAUUUCACGGACAGUACAGCAGUACACGCGCACCAGGACGCUCAGAUUGAAUUUGGAAAACAUGACGUUUCCGUCUUUGAUCUGGAUGUUGGAAGGAUCUCUGAUGCUCUCCAUGGAAGCCUGGAUCCUUCGAUCUUAUCCAUCUUUCAGGAAAAGAGGCCGACUGACAGUGUGGAAAGCGAGGCGUCGCUUCUGUCUGCGCUGACCGAGAUUUUAGACAGCGUGGACGUCGAGACGUUAUCGCCGUUUGACAUGCUGCCAGACGCAGAGAUUUUUUCGGCUCAGAAGGGUCUAGACCACACGCUCAGAAAUAUUCUGCAUUCGACCCAGUCGUCGCCGGAUCGAGCAGCAUCUCUUCAAUGCCCCAAAAUCUCACAAUCACCCGCCUCAAGGUCAAGAAAAGAGGUGGUAAUAUCAGACAGACAGUUGAGACCCCGUCGCCAUUUGGGGACCCAGAUUGAGAUUGAUGAUGAGAAGAACUCGAGAGAGACCAAGAGCCGCUCUGUGAGAAGCUUCCGCAUUGAAUCCGACCUGAUUUUCCUACAAGACGGACGUGAAUUACUUGCAGAUUUAGUGAGACACAUGCAUCCGUACUGCAUCCGGACAGAUCUGGAGAAAGAGAGCCGGAGCGCUGAGAUCCAUGUGUCUGCAGAGGAAGAGGAGGAGUUUGUGGAUGUAGAGGGUUACGAGGAACAGGAAGAGAACUUUCCUGGCCAGUCGGGACUAGGAUUAGACUUGCAUCCUAAAGCAGAAAGCGGCUCACCUUUGAUGUCCGUAUCCGAAGAGGAGUGUGAUAAAGACGAAGCAAAUGCACGAAAUAUCUCAUGUUUAGAGAAAAACGUUCAGAUGAUUAUUCAGCGCAGCGCUUUGGUCAAAACCAGCGAUGCAGGACGGAUGAAGAAAACGGUGACCUUUGCUGUGAAUUUAGUCUCCGUUCAUGAGUUUCCACCUGAUUCAGAUUUGCCAGACGACUCUGAAUCCACAUCCUCUAAAAAUGACAUCACUUCCCCUCAGAAGCCCAAAUCCCUCAGUCUGCAGCAGUACCGUCUCCUCAGACAGAAGAAACGACCUCCUGAAGAGAGACGGAUGGACUUUCGAACGAAAUGGCCUUCUCUUCCCGACCUUCCCAGGGAGCUUCCGUCCAUCCUGCCGGACUUGUUUAAACUGAAUCCAAACACAAAUUCUGGUGCGACAGUAAAAGCACCAGCUGCUAAGGUGAAGAUGUCUGCAUCUCAGCCGGAAGAAAUCACACGUCCCUCCUGUCAUGUGGUCAGAACGUCUGCAGAUCUUUGCAUUGACCCUCCAAACCCGGUUUUAGUGCCCUUGAAACCCACACAUAAGACGGACAGCAGUGCAGCGCCAUCAUCUGCGAUAAACUCGACCCAAACCCAACCGGCGCUUACAGACACACCAGAACCGCUGAAUUCGGACUCAACACCUGAUGUUUGUGUUUCUUGUGAAGAGGUUCGACUCACUGAAACUUCAGCUCCAGGUUCACCAGUGAGAGCCGGAGCAGAACCUUCGGAUCAAAGGAGUCGUCCGUCGGUACUGAUGCCCUCGACCGUCACAGAAAAACACAGCGGAGGACAGCAGGACCAGACCACAUGUGGCGAGAUCGGAAUUGAAGCCGCGGAUCUGACCAGCCUUUUGGAGCAGUUUGAGACUCAAGCUUCUGAAGGGCAGAUGCUUCCAGAAGUUUCCCCGGAUGAGCAUCAGGAUCGACGGCUGACGGACCUCAGCAGCACUGCAGGGCUAACUCCACCCGCCACACCUCCACAUCAGAUCUGGAGACCCCUAGUGCCGGUCAAAGGGAUAAAACAUGAAUCCAUCAAGCCGCCGCCCAGCAAAACCAUUCAGAUUAUCGAACCUCGCCCACUGCCGCCCAGCAAAACUCAUUCAAAACCUUCACUUCCCACCUUCACUCCUGCAUCAAAUCCCUCUCAAGCGUUCCUGGAUCACGACUACUGUGGGAUUCUGGGCAGCAAGACGUCUUUUGCGCACAUGAACUCGCGUUCGGGUCAUUGCGAUUACAGGACGUUGUCCGAGGCGCCGCGUCUGUCCGAUUCGGUGCUGCUGUCUCCUGACAGCUCCCCCUGCAGGAUGGGCGUGUUCGAGCAGGCGGAGUCUCUGAGGGGGCGGACCUUGCGCUUUUCCUCCCGCUCUCCGAGCCCAUUGGACCGUGGAAGGGUGAAGAGGCGGGGUUAUGAUAGACGAUACCGGCGCUCCAACUCCAGUUCAAGGUCGUCUUGCUCCUCUUGUUCUUCAUCUUCAUCAUCGUCAUCUUGUUCCAGGUCUCGUUCGCCACCCAGAAAAAGUUACAGGUCCAGGCAUUCUGGAAGCAGUUCCUCGUCCCGCUCCAGUUCACGCUCGUCUUCUCGUUCUCCUCCUCGCAAGCGUGGACGCCGCUGCUCCAGAUCACGAUCCAGAUCACAAACCAGAUCACGAUCCAGAUCUUUAUGUCGCUCUCGUUCUGGUUCUGGUUCGCGCUCGCCUGAGUCGGACUGGAGCGAGUCUCGCUGCACAUGGAAGAGUCGCAGGCAGAAGGAGCUGAACCGGCGUCGUGAAGAGGCUCGUAAACUCCGCCAGCAGAAAGCUAUCGAGGAGCGCAGGGUGGUGUAUGUGGGAGGAAUCCGCAGAAGCAUGUCGCCUUCUGACCUCAAAGAUCGAUUCUCGCUGUUCGGGAAGGUUGAGGAUUGCACAGUCCACCUCAGGAGUCACGGAGACAACUACGGCUUCGUCACGUAUUACAACCGAGACGACGCUUACGCUGCCAUUGAGAACGGAAGUAAACUGAGGCGCCCAGACGAGCUUCCCUUUGACAUCUGCUUUGGCGGCAGACGACAGUUCUGUAAAUCCAACUAUGCAGAUUUAGAUUCCAACCGGGACGUCGAUCCGGCAUCCAGGAGCCGAUGCGAGUCGUUUGACUUCGACACGUUACUGAAACAGGCUCAGAGAGGACAGAAGAGGUAGCGGCACAGAAGAUGGAAGAGAGACUCAAUGUUACCUCAGAGCACUGAAACAAACCAGUUUAGCUUAAAUUACCAAUUUAAUUGCUGGUUUUUAGUGCGAGACAUGUGUUGGACACUUUCGUUCUGGUUUUGACUGGUCACCCAUCAUGACUCCAUUGGUCAAGUUGGCUUACUUGCAAUAUAACCAGCUUGUUUCUGUAAUAGACCAACAUUGGCCACCUAUAGGUUCAAACUGGUUUAAACGAGUAUUUUGGGUUAAACUCUAUUAACUGCAUCUGUAUUUGUGACAUAAAUGCACUUAUAGUAAAUGUCAUUGAUGGACAGAUGACGAGUUUGACCUGGAAUAGUUGUUUUUCAGCAGGGUAAUUUGCACUUCACUAAACUGAUUUUACCUUCACCUCUUUCUUACUUGACAUUUAAAACGUCCUGUUGAAGCACUAUUGUGUAUGAAUAUUGUACAUAAGCAUUAAUGUAUGAAAUCAUCUUCACGAAAGGACAUUAACUUGAAUAGCGAAUGGUUUGUCUUCUAUAUAUAGCUUGAGUGUUUUUUAAGUGAUACCAAAAAAGUUUUUCCCCUCUUUCUCAGUUGGAAUGAUGAAUUACAGAAUAAAAAAGUUUAUGUA